GCUCACCUCUCAGUCUGACCCCCCCCCCCCCGUGACUGCCGGCUCCGAACAAUGAGUUGCUUCUCCGUCAAUCCGCUAUGAGCUGAGUUGUGUCUUCAACCGGCGGGUCGACAACCAUCAGAUGGCUCUGUGGACUGUAGGCUUCGGUGCCCUGGGAGCUGCAAUCGGUGGUAUUUUGUUGGCGAACACUAACGUCCUGAUGUCCAAGCCAGAGUCUGCAUCACUGUCCUAUUUGUCAGCGGCUGACCUGAGGACGCUGGAUCAAGAGGGACGUACAUUUAAAGCAAGUGACCUGUGGCAGCACAAUGGAGCGGUAAUCAUGGCAGUUCGAAGACCAGGAUGAUCUUUGUGCCGGGAGGAGGCUGCUGAGAUCUCCUCCCUGAGACCCCAGCUCGAUGAGUUGGGUGUCACUCUUUAUGCCGUCGUCAAAGAAAACAUCAAAACUGAAUUGGAGGACUUCCAACCCUAUUUCAAAGGAGAGAUCUUUCUGGAUGUCAAUAAACACUUCUAUGGUCCGAGGCAGAGGGUGCUGGGACUGGCAGGACUCGUACGCCUGAGUGUCUGGAGGAGCCUUUUCCGAGCCUGGCGAAAGGGAUUCACCGGGAACACCGAUGGAGAAGGAUUCAUCCUGGGAGGAGUGUUCGUCAUUGGACCUGGGGAGCAGGGGGUCCUGUUGGAGCACCGAGAGAAGGAGUUUGGUGAUCAUGUUGACAUUCAGUCUCUGCUUGACGCUGUUGGAAAGAUUAAACCUCAGAAUGAAACGAAGUCAGAGUCCUAGACAAUGGGCAAGGUCAACUGAUGAGGGAAUGGUCAGCACUAAAUGGUGUUCAAAUCUGAACUGACAGUACCCAACAGAGUAAACACAGUGCCCUGCGGUCUAAACUGAGUGCCUAACAAACUAAAGUGCUUAUCACCCAGCAAUAUUAUCACAAUAUCAACAAUCUAAAUUCAGCACAAAGUACCCAGCAAUUGAAACCCAUCACACAGUAACCAAAAAUUGAAAUACAACCCUCAACAAACCAAACACAACACUAAACAAGUCACUCAGUACCCAAUGAUGUAAGUGCAACACUGUUCUGAACUAUCUGGUGCCCAGCAA